GUUCGCGUGUUCUGGUGCCGAGACCUACUAUUCCGACGUGGUACGCCAUUCCCAACUUUAAACCAUAAGGCCAGAAGGUUCAGUAACACUUAAUCAUACGGAGGAUUCUAUUUAUACAAACCUUUGCUUGUAAGCUCCCUAUACGAGGAAACUUACGCUAUAUUAUGUAGCACAAAUUACCGUGGAUUAAUAGAGCAAUUGCUUCUAUGGAAGAUAAAACACGAGACUAAUAUCUGCGAAUAUAAAUAUAAUGGAAGGCAAGCAGGCGUGGAUCGGAAUGGAGGAGGUCAAGUCAGCUGAUUGUCUUUACACCCGUUUUACCAUCAAAACUUCUACUCUGCCGCUAAACCCAAUGCCAAUACCUCGUGAAAAUAAGCCAAGUCUCCACAUGUUCACAAAGAAGGAAUUCUUGCGGGGAAAUCGGCGCUAGAUUGUGUGUUAAAGGGAAAAAGAGAGCUCUUGGCCUUGAGUGAGGGAGGAAGAACAUAAACAAAGAUCAGGUGGGGAACAGCUGAGACCUUCCUUGACGUUUCCUAAUAUAUGCUUCGAACCCACUCGUGGUCCAUGGGCAUUUAUUGCGAAGAUUGUAAUGAUCCACAAAGAGCUUAGUGAUUCAUGUUUUAUAAAAGGUCAGUUUGAACUCCCUUAUGAACCCCAGUGCUAAGUGAGAAUUGAUGGAAGUCCGGUGUUGGAAGUGACACGAGAUGCCUUAGGGAGUGAGGCAGGAACCUGUUGUGUGGAGGGAAUAGACAUGCUACACGAGGGUUUCUUCUAGGAAGGAGACCCAGUGCUGAAACCUCUUUGGGGUAUAUAGUGGUACCUUUCUCCAUGCUAAUUUAAGUCACAACAUGAGGACAUCAGGGAAAUUAAGUGAACUCUCAGGUUGCUCCAUUAGAUACUUGGAGCGAAGAGCCUAUCAUUCGGCAAGGUCUGACUGGGGUCCUCAUGUGGCCUCAGCGGCUUUUCUUUCGAGACGAUUAGACUCAUCAAGAAAUCUCUAUCGCAAAGACUUGUAUGCUCAUUAUGGCUGUGUUAAUGCAAUUGAGUUUUCGAAAGAAGGAGACUUGCUUGUCUCAGGUGGCGAUGAUCGGCGUGUAUUAUUAUGGAAUGUGGACAGCGCCCUAUCAGGAGCCCGUCGCCCAAGAGCCAUGGAGAGUGAACACAGUAGUAACAUAUUUUGUCUUAGCUUUGAUUCUUCCAAUUCCAAGAUUUUCUCAGCAGGCAAUGAUGAACAGGUCAUUGUGCACGAUCUGAGAACAGGGGAAACAACAGAUGUAUUUCUGCACCGAGAGGCUGUGUAUGGAGUAUCUGUAAAUCCUUCCCUAGAUUCUGUGUUUGCCAGUGCUGGGGAAGAUGGCCAAGUUUUGCUGUAUGACAUGAGGGAAUCGGCUGCUACAGAUCCUGUAUGCUUGGCUCGUUACCAUGAUGCCUUCCAUGCUGUACAGUUCCAUCCAGUAGAACCUGUGUUUGUAGUUACUGCAAACUCUCGUGAAGGAGUCUCCCUAUGGGAUGUGCGCAAACCAAGGGUACCUGUUUUGAGAUAUGGAGAGAAAAGAUGUGCCCAGUCAUCAAUGUGUGCCAGAUUCAAUAGAACGGGUAACCAGAUAAUAGCUCUACGUAGAAGGCUACCUCCAGUUCUUUACAAUACUCACAGCUCAAAACCAGUUUGUCAGUUUGAUGCAGAGCAUUAUUACAAUUCAUGCACAAUGAAAAGUUGCUGUUUUGCUGGUGAUAACGACCAGUUUGUUCUCUCGGGAUCAGAUGACUUCAACCUGUACAUGUGGAAGAUCCCUGGGAAUAAUAGUUCAGAACAUUUUGUAUCAGAGGCUCACAUGGUCUUAAAAGGUCAUCGUUCGAUAGUAAACCAAGUACGCUUUAACCCACAGAACUUCAUCAUUGCUUCCUCAGGGGUAGAGAAAAUUGUAAAGCUGUGGAGUGGACUAUCAUUGCCAGGAUCCAAGGGAAGUCUGAAAACGAAGGCAUCAGGAAGCUUCAUGACCAGAAGGGUGUAUACCCAUGAGGAGUACAUUGGGCUGGUUAUGGAGAGUGGUCAGGAUGUUAAUCACGACUACAGCCAUGGGUGCACAGACGAGGACCCCCGGAUGAUGGCUUUCUUUGACUCCCUCGUCCAGCGUGAAGUAGAGGGUUGGACUUCAAACACAGAUCUUUCUGAUGACAUUGAUAAUGAACCUCACACUUCAGGGCAUGAGGAUGAUGACACAGAAACAACAACCACUCAGUCAUCCCUUUCAGUUGUUACCUCACAAUCUGAUGACAAUGAUUCAGAAACAAGUAUGAAUGGAAAUGAUAGUUUCAGUGUUUCACCAAGACAAAGAUUAGAUUCAUCUGUAAGCAGAAGACAAACACAAAAUCAACAGCAUAAAGAUGAGGAUGAUGAUGAUGAUAAUGACAAUGAGGAAGAGGAAGAAGAGGAGGAUAAUAAGGUAUCAGGUGGAAGUGAAUGGAUUAUGCGUCUAAUUGCAAAAAAGAGAGCAAUACUAAGAGCAGCUAAGAAAGCCCAGAGGAAUCGUAAACAUCUUAAAAAACAUCGCAAGAAGGCUCAACAGUAUCUCCGAUCCUUCACUUCCAGUAGAAGACAUAUCUCUCUCCCCAGAUAUUUAUAUCAUCCUGAGGGACAAAGUUCAUUAGAAGGAAACAGUGGAAGGAGUGAAUCUGCUGGCCUUUCUAGUGCCAUGGAAGGCAGUGCUGGGAGACUGAGGCGAAGAUCUUCCUAUCGCAGAAGAUACAUGGCUCCAUAUACUAUCAUGGUAACACAAAACACUGUACCAGAUUCUGACCCAGAUUCAGAUGACCAAGAAGAUGGUGAUGAUGAUCAGGUUGGAAGUGAAACUGAUGAGGAGAUUGAAACAAUUGAACAAAAUUUUAGUGAAGGGGACAGUGGCAAACGUCUCAUGUGGUCUUCUGACAGUGAUUCCAGUAGUGAGGAGGACCUACCACGUACAAAACGAAAACGUAAAGACUGUAUUGAUAGUGAUAGUGAAGAUGAUGAUGCUCUUGAGACUAAAAAUGGAGAUAUCAUACGGGUAUCAGAAAUUGUGGACUCAAAUUCAAGUGAUUCAGAUGUAGAAAGAUCAAUCAAUGAUAUAGCAUUGGAAAAUUCUGACAGAAAUCUUAGCAGUGAAGGCACUAGCAGUAGAGUUACUUGCUUACCUGAUAUAUUAAGUGACACCAGUUUGUCUGAGACAGCCUUAGGUAUUAAUAGCAAUGGUGUCAGUGACAUAGGUACUGACCUGAACAUUAGCAGUGCAGUAAGUGAUGCGAUUCCAAUCAGCAGUAUCACAACAGAUGACAAUGGAUCAUUAUUAUUUGAUACAGACCACAACUCACUUGUCUCUGGUUUAGAUCUCCCAGGAAACCUAGAUUUGGUUGCAUCUGCAGCAUCUAAUAGAAAGGCAGUGCAGAAUGGAACCAGUCAGACAUCCAAUGGCGCUACAUGUGUUAGUACAUCAGAUAAUGGAAUCUCAGUUCUUCCAUCUAGUACUGAAAAGAGUGAAGAUGACUGUGGAAAUAGGAAAAAUCAUGACAACAGAAAUGGUGUCACAGAAACAGAAAAUGGAAAUGGUGAUGGUGAACAAACUUUAACAUUUAAGAAGAGAAUGCCCACAAGUAAUCUUAGAAAUUAUCGAAGACACAAUGAAGAAGACCUUUGAAAUUUAUUCUGGAAAAAAAAAAUGUACAUUUCUUUUUUUUUAUGAUUACCUAAAUGGCCUUUGUCACAGUUUCUGCUAUUUUCCUUUCACCUUUGUUAAUAUUUAAGAAGUAUUAUUUUGCUGCUAUUAUUUGCUUUAUAGAUUUAUAUUGUAGUUGUAGAGUUGAAUAUAUACAGUAUAGGCCAUUGGGCAUUGUGUGAUAUGUAAUCUAUUUUGAAAUAGAUUAAAUGAAUUUGGAAUAUUAGCUGUUUGUUUAGAUACAGUCUAUAUUGUUUGAUCACCAAAGAAGCCAAUUUGACGUGUUUUUAUCUUUUUCAAAAAAAAAAGGGGACGAUAUAAAGGUUUGGCACGAAAAUAUGUUAAGGCAGAUGCUCACAUUGUGGGUAUAUUGGGCUCAAAUUCUCUUACCAGAAGUUGCUUAUUUUAUGUCAAUUAUAAAGUUUCAUUUGCCAUAGUUCUGACAUUUUAUAUAAUUUCUUACAACUAAAGUGAUGUAUUUUGUGAGUCAUCAUGUUAGUUCUUGGUACAAGAUGGUAAUACCAUACAGUUUUUACUGUUAUUUUUGUUCUUUGUUCAGGUUAUUCUGCCAACUGCUGGGGUCAUAUGCUGCAGAAGUAGGCUUUUUCAUUCAGCCAUUUUACAUUGUCAUUGUAUUUAACUAUUCAUCAUCAUUAAACUUCUGGAGCCUAGCAUUUGUAGUGAAUGCCCAGAGUGUGUGUGACCAGGGGCAGUAUUCAUUAAAGGUCAAUGACUGUUCUUUGAGAUUUUGUCUGUGAUUUGCUCUGUUGCCACAUCUCAAAGUUCAUGCUGCUAAUUAGAACAAACAUUUACAUCAUUAUAGACUAUGGUGAUUGCUACAAUAAAUCUUUCUUUUAUUUUGACAAUAAUAUUACACAUUCUUUACAUUUAACUGUAAUUUAGGCAACCAUACAUAUGUUUUCAUUGCAUCAGUUGUGAAGGCAUACAGCACCAUUUGUAUUCUCGAAUAGAAAAUUGCUGUAAAUAUGUAAGAAAUGGAUCAAUGAAUGGUUGACAAUAAAUCAGAAUGAGCCUCCAAAAUUUACUCUUCAUUAUUGGCGUGUGGCUCUCUUCAACUGUCUUUGACUCAGUUAAUUUAUUCAUGACCCCAUGAAAGUCUUUGACAGCCAGUUUUUGUUUAUGACUUGGCCAAAGUUUUAACCCAAUGGCGUCGGGUAUAGAAAAUUAAAAAAAACUCUACGCUCUGGCGAACGGUGGCAACGCGCCGACUCUGAGCGCGUGAAUUCGGUACAUCAAGCCGAAUCAUUGCUUCGGGGUGCUUUGGCGCGGCGCCGCUGCGGACAGCCACACGCCUCAUUUUGGGCGUAUUGUUAUGACGGCGAUAGCCGUGACCCGUCGCCAUUGGGUUAAGGCAGGCGUGGAAGUGUCACAAAUAUGAAUGGACAGUCUUUAUGACCACAGUGCAAAUUUAUGUGAUUCUGAAGUAAAUUUUGCAUUGAAAAUAAUAAGAAAAAGUUGUCAUAUAUUGUCAAAUGUUAAUUUAGUCAUUUCCUUCAUUUUCAUGAUAUUUUCACUUCAUGUCCAUAAGGACUGUCUUUAAUUUGUCUUCAUGCAAUUUUUCCCAUGUUUAAGAUUAUUCUGCAUUUGAAAUAAUGGACAUUUUGGAGGGCCCUUUUGAUUUAUUGUCAAUUGUGCCUUGAGCCAUGUCCUACAUUUUUACUACAUUAUUCAAUUUAAAAAAUAAAAAAAUCACUCCCCCCCCCUAUACAACUGAUGAAAUGACAAGAGACAUUGAUGUCACAUUACAUUUAGAUAUAAUAAUGGUGUAAUUUUACCAUCAUAAUAUAAGUAAGAUUUCUUGCAAUAUUUACCUUAUUAUUGCAAUAUAUUAUCAAGAUAGGGUUAUAAUGAUGUAAAUGUUGGUUCUAAUUAGCAGCAUUAACUCUGACAUGUGGCAUCAGCACAAAUCACAGAUGAAAUUGCAAAUAACAAUCAUAGCCCUUUCAUGAAUACUCCCCCUGGAAUCUAGUUUGAUAGGUUAUCAAGUUUUCAGUUCUUGAUUGCUAAUAUUUUUGUGCUUAUGGUAUUCUCAAUCGAAGGGUAUUUUUACCUUUAAAUUUUGCAGUAUUUUUUAUGUAACUUGCAAAAUAUGUAAAAAAAAAAAAAAAAAAAAAAAAAAAAAAAAAAAAAAAAAAAAAAAAUAUCAGAUACAAUAUGUUGAUACAGAAAAAAAUGCUGUAUUUGUUGUUUUUCUCUGUGGAUAUAUGAAAAACAGAAAGAUAAGGAAAUUGACAUCUGCUCAGUUUUCUUUUCUGUUGUAAUGAAUGUAUUGAAAAUGAAAGUUUUUCUUUCCUACCACUGUCCACAUUCUAGUUAUUCAGGAUUUCACUAGAAGUUUGCCACAAGGGACAGCUAGCAAUAUUUUUCACUGGGGAAACAAAGUAUUGAACUAGAUGAAAAAAUGAAAAUAUUCAUAAUUCAAAUUUAUGAGAAUUUUUGUUAUACAGAUAUCAGUGAUAUCACAAAAAAGAAAGAUUUAUCAUGGAUACUGAGGAUGUUGACCCAGUGUCUCUGGGAGUAUUUGGUAUGGUAUGAACAGCCAACUGGGCUUGCAAUGGGGCCUUUUUCAGCCAUGCAGUACCAGCUUUUUUUUUAUCAUCAUCAUCAUCAUCACUUGUAUGCAAAACAGGAUUUUAAUGUUUUGCAUAUUUAGAGAUGCAUGAUAUGCAAUUUGCUAAAUUGAACCUGUAGUAGCCCGAUUAUGUACAUUAGAGGCCAUUUCAAUAAAUAAGGUACGUUAAA